AUGGUGGUGGAGAUAGAUAUAGACAAUAUCAUUCAACAUACUGACGGAUACAAUAGAGACACGUCUGAUCCUAUAGUUCAACCCUAUGACUAUUUAUCAUCAAUUCCUUCUAAUAAUCAAAAUGUUCGAAAUCGAUUCUUAGUAGCAUUUAAUAGUCUUUAUUAUCAUAUUGAACAAGAAAGGUUAUUGGAUCUCAUAGGAGAAAUCAUCUCCAUAUUCCAUAAUCUGUCAUUAUUAAUCGAUGAUAUCGAAGAUUCAUCUCUUUAUAGACGUGGUUUACCUGCUGCUCAUACUAAAUAUGGUAUACCAUUAACUAUCAACUGUGGGAAUUUAAUGUAUUUUAUUGCCCUUCAAAAAGCUCAAAUCGAUUUACCAAAGCUUUUCCAAUCAGUCACAACUUCCAAUAUUAAUAUGGAUAAAUUGAAAUUUGAAACUCUGCUAGUUUUAAUUGAUGAAAUGUUAAAUUUACAUCAUGGUCAAGGUUUAGAUAUUUAUUGGAGAGAUAAUUUUAAAUUAAUCGAUAAUUUAAAUCAAUUACCGAGUAUUGAAGAUUAUUUACAAAUGAUUAAAGAUAAAACUGGUGGGAUUUUCCGAUUAUCAAUUCGAUUAUUAAAAUUGUUUUCUCCUUCAUCUAUUAAAGCUGAUCUUAUUCCGAUUGCUAAUCUUUUAGGUAUCAUUUAUCAAAUUAGAGAUGAUUAUCUUAAUUUAACUGAUCCAAAAUAUAGUCAUAUGAAAGGAUUAUCAGGUGAAGAUUUAAUCGAAGGAAAAUUAUCUUUACCAAUCUUGCAUUGUUUAAUUAAUAAUAAAAAUUCACCUGUUCAAAAAUUAUUAACAACUACAAAUUCAGCUGAAGAACGGAAAUUAAAAGUUGAAGAAAUUAAUGAUUGUAUUCAAUAUAUGCAACUUGAAUCAAAAUCAUUAGAAUAUACUAGGAAUUUGAUCAAGAUCUAUGAAGUUAAAGUUAAACAAUUAAUCUCAGAACUGGUGGAUGUAUCAUCGUCAUUAUCAUCAUCGUUAUUAUUCCAAAUUAUUGAUGGAUUAUGUGCUAUUUAA